AUGGAGAACAUCAAUAAAGGCACGGCGCGACACCGUGCCUUCAGCGUAUUCCUUUUCGACUCCCAGCACCGCCUAAUGCUCCAGCAACGUGCAGCGUGCAAGGUGACGUUCCCCCUGGUGUGGACCAACACGUGCUGCAGCCACCCGCUGUACCGUCCAGAGGAGAUGGAGGAGGCGAACGCGCAGGGAGUGCGCGUGGCGGCGCGGCGCAAGCUGGAGGACGAGCUGGGGAUCGACCCGGACACGGUGGACGUGACGGCGUUCACGUGCCUUGGCCGCAUGCACUACAAGGCUCCGUCUGAUGGGAAAUGGGGCGAGCAUGAGAGUGAGUGCACUGAGCAUUGGUUACAGAUCAAUCCGCAUCAUGUGUUGGCAUUCACGUGCCUUGGCCGCAUGCACUACAAGGCUCCUUCGGAUGGAAAAUGGGGAGCGCAUGAGAGUGAGAUUCUUCUGAUGGGAAAUGGGGAGAGCAUGAGAGCUGACUUGAAGGCCACUCCAAACCCUAACGAGGUGGCUGCUGUUAGAUUUGUGGAUAGAGAGGAGUUGAAGGAGCUGGUGCGCAAGGCAGACAUUGAGGAGGAUGGAGUGGUGCUGUCACCGUGGUUCCGUCUUGUAGUGGACCGGUUCCUUCCUGCCUGGUGGGACCAUCUAGAUGCGGGCACCCUCUCAGAGGUGGUUGACAUGGAGAAGAUUCAUCACUUGGUUUGCACACCACCCCACCACCACGCUCUCCCAAUAGCUAGCGUAGGCCCAGCUCCUGCAACCACCCCUCUGGCCCUCGCCAUGGCUGCUGACGAAACCACCGAUGGUGACGACGAGGCACGCCGUGAACUCCAAAAAUCACCCCUGCGAACGGGCCUCAGCUUUCUACGAACCCCCGCUAAGAAGCUGUCAGAUCCGGAGCCCGUAGUUGCUUCAACCGAGGACGAAACCCGUGCGGAUGAAUCAGGGCGUGACCUGCGCUCGCCUGAAGUUUGCACUACCACGGCGGAACCCUCACCUCCAGAAGCGACGGCUCCUGAAACGGAGAUAGGCGAUGCGGCUGGCGACUCUGCGAACAAGAAGCGCAAAGAGUCAAGCGGUGACAGUGCUAAGCAGUGGUGGCGACAACCGAAGCCCUCUGUGAAGCGGGCGGCACGUCCAAUUCGACGAGUGGAGGACGAGGGAAGUGAUGACGAGGAGGAAGAAGACGGCCUGCCGACUGUCGAAGAGAUGGCCCGUUACCCCGAGAUCGCUUUCGCUAAAGCGCAUAAGCGAUUUAAGACUUCAUGGGAUUCUUUGUUUCCGUGGCUAAUUUUAACUCGUGAUGAUGUUGGCUUCCCCAUUUUGAGAUGCAGCACAUGCUUGGAACAUGGAGCUGAAGGCGCGAAAACGGCUUACGGCAAGGGAGGCAGUGGAGGGCGUGACAUGCAGAAGGGGAGCAUCCGGACGCACCAGCGCUCCACCGCACACCAGGACGCACACGCCGAGAUGAAGUCGAAGGAGAGCCGGAAGCUUCGUCAAACGCUGCUGAGCCAGUUCGAGGGGUUGGAUCGCAGCACUCUUCACAUCAUCACCGCUCUCAAGACUACCGUAUACAUCUGCAAGUCGGAGGCGCCAAUCACCUCCUACGUGGGCACCAUCAAGUUCAUGGAUGAGCUCGGAGUCCCGAACCUUCCCUUGCAUUCCAAGGGAAACUACUUUUCGGAGGAGGCGUUGGCCGCGAAGGAUGCCGCUGAGAAGGUGACGGAGUUCAACAUCAUAGACCAGGCGGUGCGCAACGUGGCAGAGCAGCUUUCUAGGUCGAGCAACUGGCACCGGCGAUUCGAGCACCUUCAGGAGUACAUCUGCGAAACCAACCUGGAGCUGCAGGGGAUCCACGACGUGCGAUGGCUCUCUAGAGGAGAGGCAGUCAAGCGGUUCGCCAAGGUUCUGCCGGCGACAAUCGUCCUGCUGCACGAUUUCAAGCACGCGCUAUACGAAACGGUCACCUCUUUCAAAUUCCACUUCAUGCUUUUCUUCCUUGCAGACAUUCUUGCCGUGCUCAACGAGCUCAACGCCAAGUUCCAGAAGCAACAGGUUGACAUCACUGUGGUCGCGGGGGAGGUGUCACUCGCUUGCCGGACGAUCGAUGUGCGUUACGUGGACUGCGAGGAUCGUUUUGGCAACGAUCAGUCACCCCUGCUCUGCGCGUUCCUGAAGAAACACGGCAACCCCGAGCACCGCGAAGUCACUGUCAAAGGCGUGGACCAGAACGGCGAAGCUGCAGAGCACGAGUUCGUGCUUCACGAGCGCAAGAUCCCAGGCCAUAAGACUGGCGGGGACUACUACUCCUGCAAGGCGGUGUGCCAGGAGUUUGCGAGGGUCUGCGUUGCGCGACUGGAGUUCCGCCUGGAAGACCUCAAGAACCUGGCCGGCUCCAAGCUUUUCCGGCCAUCGUGCUAUCCCGACGACAACGCGCAGCGGAUGAAGAAGUGCCGCGAGUGGUUGGGCAUGCUAGACCACAUGUUUCACCACCGCCUCUUUGUGGCUUCUAGUAGCCAGUGCGUCGCACCCAGCGCGAGUGCCAUGGCGGACUGGGAUCUCGACCCUGCCGUGUUGUUCGGCGACAAGGACGGCGACGAUGACGAGACGCCUCAAGACUAUUCCGACGGCAAGGAGCUGGUGGUCUUCCUUAUAGAUGCAGGGCCGGACAUGUUCCUGCGUUACCACGACGACGAGGAGGAGGUUGAAGCAGGUGUCAGUUUGGGGACUCAAACCAGUGCGGCCAGCUCAGAAAGACAGAGAGGAGAGGACACGGGAGGUGCUUGUGAGAGGACGUAUUUCGAAGAGGUGGUGCGAGCUUUGGUGGGUGACCUGAAGACGAGGAUCAUCUCCCGGGAGAGCGACCUUGUGUCAAUUGCAUUCUUCAACACGCGUGCAAAGCAAAAUGUGCAGUCAGCAGAGGGCGUGUUUGUUUUUCAGGAAAACCAGCAGACGUCAUCUCAGCUCAUCCGAGACCUCUCCAACCUUCCAGAAACGUUUGAGAAAGAUAUUGGGUCGGGCAACUGGCUGAGGGGGAAUGUGAAGCCCCAGGACAACCCAAUCUCAAAUGCCCUUUGGGUCGUCCAAGGCCUUCUGCGCACAGGCUCCACAUCACAGGAGGUGCUGAAGAACGUGCUUCUCUUCACCAAUGACGACGACCCCUUUGGAGCGAUCACCAACGAGGGAGUGCAGAGCGACAUGCGCCGCACCACCACACAAAAGGCCAAGGACGCACGUGACCUGGGCAUUGUGUUUGACCUCUUUCCUCUCAGCCGCCCAGGGGAGAAGUUCAACGCCAACAUCUUCUAUGCGGACAUGCUAGGCUUUGAUGAUUCACAACGAGCGGGCUUCCAACCAGAAGAGCACAGACUGAGCGACCUGCAGCAGCGGCUGCGCAAGAAGGUGUAUCGGCGGCGAAUGGUGAAGCGAGUCAUGUUCGCCGUCGUGCCUCACCUCCACAUUGCCCUCUCCUCCUACGCUCUUAUUCGCCCUGCCAAGAUCCAGAAGCAAGUGUAUGUGAGGGCGGUGGACAAUCGCACAGUCAAGGUGGAGACAGCUCUGGUGUGUCAGGACACGGGGGCAGUGCUGCACGGCCCACUGCCGCGCUACCAGCCCAUGCCAGGCGGCUCGCGUAUCAUCAUGGCAAAGGCAGAGGUGGACCAGGUGAAGGCGGUGUGCCCCCACGACCUGCUGCUGCUGGGCUUUAAGCCGCUCCAUUGCCUCAAGGACUAUCACAACCUGCAGCCGCCCACGUUCCUCUUCCCAGAUGAAGAGACCCUCGCUGGCAGCACAGCUGCGUUCAUUGCCCUGCACAACGCAAUGCUGGAUGCAAACAGCUUUGCACUGACAUGCUGGGCCAAGAUCGGCUUGCCGCGCCUCGUCGCCAUCCUCCCCCAGCAAGAGCAGGUGGACGAGAGUGGUACGCAAGUGCAACCAGCAGGGUGGCACAUGAUCCCACUGCCUUUCUACGAUGACGUUCGACCAGCAGAAAAGUAUGCCCGCUGGGUGCCAGGCCGGGGUGCAAACGACUCUGGGGGAGAUGGGGAGGAGGCAGGCAGUAAAGGGGAGGUGGUAUCUGCACCGAGGGCGGAUGCAGGGCAGGUGGCAACUGCCACGGCGCUCAUGCGCUACAUGCACCUCAAAACUUUCAGCCCGCUUGACAUUCUCAACCCUGUCAUCCAGACGCACUACUCCAUGCUGGAGGCCAUAGCGCUGGACCUUCCUGAGGUGCAGCCCGUGGUGGAUACCACCCUGCCAGACUACACCAUCUUCCAACCCCCUCCCUCUGACACCACCCAACCCAAGAAGAAAGGGAAAGCUGCUCGUGCAACUGCGGCUUUAAGGCAUUUCAAGGACGCAGUGUACGGCUCGGGGCAUGAUGAGGAGGAGGCGCAGAGAGAUGCUGCAGCCCGGGCGAGGGCGGAUGCUGCUGAGAGGAAACGCAAGGCUACUUUCGAUGCUGCUACUGCCAAGGCCGGUGUUGUCGAUUGGCGAGGCCUUGCCGAGAAAGGGAAGCUCCAGGAGCUCAAAGUAUCGAGCACAAAGUGUAACGAGCGGGAAGGGGAGCGCGCACGAGGGGGAACGCGCAAGCGCGCCUUCAUGGAGUCCCCGCCGUCCCCGCCGUCCCCAUCCGACGCCCUUCUUCUUCGCCAGGGCGGCAAGUCGCUUCCGCCCGCCUCCCAAUGCUUCCCCUGGCGCCCCCACCAUUUCUCCGCGCGCCUCACUCCGCACGGCGCUUCCUCUCCUGGCGGAAGUUCCGCCGUCCCCCACGCGCGCGGAAACACGCCUACGUGCUACGGCACGGCGGGCAGUCCGCUCCCCUUUGCGCGGGUCCUCGAACUCAUGGCCAGGCGCCGACGCGCUCGCAGCGGCGGCCGGCACGGUAGCCGGCCAGGCGGUGGAAGGACGCCGGUCAACAGUCAGCGGCGCCACGUGUCAGGCUGGAAGCAGCAUUCUCUUGACAGGGAGGGACCAGGUGAAAGCAGCAACGGUAAAGACGGCAGCAGCAGGGAAAAGUAUCGUACGGCUAGUGCCAGAGACAGCGGCAGGGGUAGCUACUCGGGCAGCGGCAAGGGUAGCGGCAGAAGUAGCAGCAGUCGUUCCCGUAGCACGAGCGCGUCGCCUUGCCACAGGACGUCGGGCGCUUUAAAGGAGCCAGCGGGGAGCACUAUAACGGACACGAGCGCAGUUCGAACGGACUUGAGUAAAAGAUUGGAGGCGUGCCGAACGCAGCAGGCGAGUCAGGGCAGCACGGACACGCGGGCUUUGGUUAGUGGCGCUGGGGAAGGGCGCGGGGAGGCGGGAGGCGCGGACAGGGCAGAAGCGCAAGCCCGCGCGGUACAGGCGGAUGAGAUGGGGGGAAGACCGGAGGAUUUAGCGCAGCGCGCGCGGCUGGCGGAGGCGCAGGUGGACAUGGCAGAGUUACAGGCGCAGGUGGUAUGCGCGGAGCUGCAGUGGAUCCGCAGCGCCGUGGAGAGGCAAGAGGCGGGCGUAGCCGCCGUGCUGGCGGAACUGGCGGGGCUGCGCCAGCGCGUGCACCGCACGCGCAGGUGCGCGGAGGGGGAGAAUGGCGCGGGUGGGGCGCAAGGGUCUGGGGAAGGGGGGAUGCGCGAGGUGCAGCAGGUGGAAGCGGCUGUAGCGUCCGCGGAGGCGCGGCUGUGGCGGGUGGAGGCCGCUGCUGCUGAUGCGCGCGCCUCACUCAUUGCCCUGGGGGGUGAAGCAGGGGAAAUGGGGGGACUUGCGGGGAUUGAUGCGCGGGAAGGGGGCAAUAUUGGCGGGUUGUGUGGUGAUUGCUGGUGCGAGGCUGGGCUGGAAACGCAGCGAGUGGGAGGCGUGGUGGGGAUGGGGAUGGGGUGUGGUGGGGAGGUGUGUGGAGGGAUGAGAGGGUGUGCGGGGCUUGAGGGGUACGGUGUAGGGGAGGUGGGUUUGAGUGCAGCAGAAUUCGCUGUGGAGCUUCAGAGGCGGCUAGAGGAGGUGCAAAAGGAGCUGGUGGCGAAGGGACAGGGGCACAGAGUGACUUUUGAGUCGACUCAAGAGCUGGUGGCGAAGGGACAGGGGCACAGAGUGGUGGAGGAGGAGGGUCGUGGAGGAGUCGAGGAGGGAGCUGGGGGAUACUCGCAGCCAGUGGAAGGAGAGGGGGAGCAGUCAAGGGUGCAGGGGACGGAGCGAGUGAGAGGGCUCGGGCAGGCGACAGGUGGUGGGAUUGUGACAGAUGGGGUUACAGUUUGUGAAAAGGCUUGUGAGGAAGGGACAAGAGAGAGCAAGCACGGGACAGACGGCGAAUCGCUACUUGGGAAACAGCCAGGGUCAGAAGACGCUAGGCGGGAUGGGGAGUUGGUGAGGCUGGAAGGGGAGGAAUCGUCAGGUGCAGGCGAAUUAAGGUUUUGGGACAGGAUAGGUGGGGAGAGCAAGCUGCUGGCAGGUGGGAGUGUGAAUGGAGGGGUGACAAGAGCUGCUGCUGACUCUGCCAUUGCAAAGGAUUUUCACAGGAAAGUACCUGUCGUAGUGUCAGCAUCGGCAUCGCACACAAAAUUCAACUCCACAACACAAAUGCAGCAGAACCAGUUGUUUGGGGGCAAAGUACGCCAGUGGCAGCCAUUGUCAAGAACAGAAGACCAAGAAGAGGCCAAGAUUCUUAGAGAUGCUAUGGAGUAUCUCAAGAAGGAAGUUGAACGAGCACAGAAAGCAGCACCACCAUUGGGUGCAAUAUGA